AGAGCGAGAGAGAGAGAGAGAGAGAGAGAGAGAGAGAGAGACUUAAUAAAUGACAGCACCCCGUCAGUACUCUCGCAUGUGUCUUCAUGGCUGCCACGGAUGUAACUAUAUAUCCAUGUGAGGAGAUGAGGUCUCUUUCUCUCAGUGGUCAUGUUGGUUUUGACAGUUUACCUGAUCAGCUGGUGAGUAAAUCAGUGAGUCAAGGAUUCAGCUUCAACAUUCUCUGCGUAGGUGAAACCGGCAUUGGCAAAUCAACCCUAAUGAACGCUCUGUUUAACACCACGUUUGAGAAUGAAGAGAUCAGCCACUUCCAGAACGGGGUGUAUCUGCGUCCCAGAACUUAUAACCUACAGGAAAGUAAUGUGGAUUUGAAGCUGACCGUUGUGGACACUGUGGGAUUCGGGGACCAGGUUAAUAAAGACGAAAGUCAUGAACCCGUGGUGGACUACAUCGAUGCCCAGUUUGAACGUUUCCUAGAGGAGGAGCUUAAAAUCAAACGCUCUCUUCACGACUAUCAAGAUUCACGCAUCCACAUCUGCCUUUACUUCAUUGCUCCCACUGGUCACUCGUUGAAAUCUCUGGAUUUAGUCACUAUGAAGAAACUAGACAGCAAGGUCAACAUUAUCCCCAUCAUUGCAAAGGCAGACACAAUGUCUAAGAGUGAGCUUCAGAAGUUUAAGAUCAAGAUCAUGAGUGAACUGGUCAGCAACGGUGUUCAGAUCUAUCAGUUCCCAACAGAUGACGAAGCUGUGGCAGAAAUCAACUCGUCCAUGAACGCACAUCUGCCGUUCGCUGUGGUUGGAAGCAGUGAAGAGGUUAAAAUUGGGAACAAAAUGGUGCGAGGCAGACAGUACCCGUGGGGUGUUGUACAGGUGGAGAACGAGAGUCACUGUGACUUUGUGAAGCUCAGAGAGAUGUUAAUUCGUGUCAACAUGUUGGACCUAAGAGAUCAGACCCACGCCAGACACUAUGAGCUCUACCGUCGCUGUAAACUGGAGGAGAUGGGCUUUAAAGACCCUGACAGCGACUCCUUCAGUCUACAGGAGACGUACGUGGCCAAGAGGAGAGAAUUUAUUGGUGAACUUCAACUGAAAGAGGAGGAGAUGAGACAGAUGUUUGUCAAUAAAGUAAAGGAGACGGAGGCAGAGCUGAAGGAGAAGGAGAGAGAGCUGCAUGAAAGAUUUGAGAUGCUAAAGCGGAGUCAUCAGGAGGAGAAGAGAAACCUGGAGGAGAAGCGCAGAGAUUUAGAGGAAGAGAUAAACGUCUUCAACAGGAGGAAAGUGGCGGCUGAAACCCUACAGUCAGGUUUCUCUGCAACCGUCAAAAAAGACAAAAAAACUUAAGUGUCUCUCUACUCAUCUAACACUCUUUACACUGCAAAAAAUACUUUGUAUUUUUGUCUUGGUUUCAGUACAAAUAUCUAAAAAUUCUUGAAGAGCAAAAUUACCUAAGAAAAGAAGAAUAUUGUUUAGACAAAAAAAAAAACAUAACAUUUAAGUGAAUUUGUCCUUACAACAAGCAAAUAAAUCUGAAAAUUUUUCUUGAAUUAAGUGUUUAUUCUGGCAGAUUUUUUUUGGCAGAUCACAAAUUCACUUAAAUUGUAUAUUUUUUUCUCUAAAAACUAGACUUUUUUUAAAUAAAUUUUCUCAUCAAGAAACUGCAUCUUGAUUUAAGAACUCUUAUAUAUUUGUAAAAACAAAACAAAAAUACUACAAAAGUGAUUUUUCGCAGUGUUCAUCAUUUAGUCUCUGAUGUCAGAAGAGAGCAUUGUGGGAUAGAAAAGCUGAUUUUCAGGGCAGGGAUGGAGAGACAGAUGACAUACUGUACAGACUCAGACUGGCAGCAGACACUGACUGCCUGGCACUGCCAGCUGCUCACAUCAUUGUGGUGUGCACCUGCGUAUCAGUGUUUGCUGCUGGAUUGCCGAAUUAAAGUGAUAAAGCGUGCGUUCUCAAUAGAAAUUUCCCAUCUUUACUUAAACCAAAAUCAAGUGAAAUGAUCUAAUACAACAUUUAUAAUGAGAGGCAUUUCAUGCACCAUUUUCAUUCAGAUUUGAUUUCUGUUCUCUCGUUUCAGUUUAUUGGCCACCCAAAGGGAAUAUCAGUAACUGCAGUAGGCUAUAUACAGUAUAUAGUCACUAGUUAUCUAGCAGAUUUUAUAUGUAAAUAACAAGCUUAGCAUUUAAUCGACUAAGCCAUGACCUUACAACUGUGAACAUCCAUUGAUGUAAAGCUGCUAACAUAAACAUGAAACUCUCUAUUAUAUAUUAUAUAAAGCAUUAUAUUAAAGAAGUCUUUCAUUAAAGGUGCAGUGUGUACAUUUUAGGAGGAUCUCUUGACAGAAAUGCAAUAUAAUACAGCCUACUAUAUUAUCAGUGAUGUUUAAAGACAUAAUGAACAGAUGUGUUUAUUACCUUAGAAUGAGCCGUUUUUAUCUACAUACGUCACUGGUUCCUUUACAUAGAAGUCGCCAUUUUGCGCCGCCAUGUUUCUACAGUAGCCCUAAACGGACAAACAGCUCUACAGAUGGCAGCUGCGAUGACGACAUGUUUGUCCUGUGGCAGCUACCGUAGCUUCUCUAUUUGUUUUUCGAAAGGGUGAACUAAGUCACUGGUUGUAACUCACAAACUCACUACUAGACACCGCUAAAAUCUACACACUGCACCUUUAAAGUUUUGUCUUUUUAACCUUUAUUAUUAUUACUGAACGUCAGUCAGUGCACUAACUGGAUUGUGGGAAUUAAGAUUUUUGUACAUACAAACAUUUUUCUCUAAACAGUUUAAUUGGUUUAUUAAGUUUGAUGUAUAUUAAUGCUACAGUAUUUUAAAUGUUAUAAUCUCUCCCGUGGCCGAUGGUAAAAACACAGCCGUGAAUUUAAGACUGGUCUGACCAACUAGCAAUUAGUUAGGGUUAAUCACUCUUACUAUUUGGAUUUAAUUUAGAAAAAUCUACCUUUUAAUGUAACACAUUGUUUUUUCUUCCAGACUGAUCAUGACUGUUUUAAGUUUAUGCCACUGUUGUUUUCAGCGCACCUCUGCUAUAUAAAUGUAUAUUUUGUUUGAAAUAAAAAACUUUUCUAAUUAUUGAA